AUGGCACCGCAGCUGCUGAAGGAUCUCUCCACCAAUUCCCGGAAAUGGAUCAUUCAAACUCGGGUCUCUCAGAAGUGGAUAGCUACAAACUGCAACACUGGAAAGCUUCUGCAUAUGGACUUGGUCCUCAUCGAUUCAGAGGGGUCAGAUAUUUGGGCUAUGAUUCCUCCAUUUCUGAUUCCAAAGUUUGAAUCGACUCUGAAAGAGCAAGAGGUCUAUGAGAUUAGACAUUUCAAGGUUGCUCUUACGAAGAACACAUUCAGGCCAGUGCCCAAUCGUUUGAUGUUGGAGUUUCAUUCGGCAACUUUGGUCCAACAUGUGAAAAGAGGUGAGAUGGUAAGGGUGACUUUGUGGGGAACUAUUGGCAACCAAGUAGAUGACAUGGUCUCCCACAAUGAAGGUCGACCAGUGAGAAUGUUACUUCAGUUUUUGUUGACGAAUAUAAAGGAUGGCAGGUUGAAUGCACCUGUCCUACUUGCUGAGGAACCAGCCCCUGAGGUUCAACAAAUUUCCAUAGCUCAGCUUAACGAAUUCAAAACUAUGGAAGGGAAGAUUGAUCAAGUGUUUGCUGUUGAAGGUCAAGUCAUUCAAGUACGAUCCAAUUGGUUUUACAUGGGCUGUGUUGGCUGCCCUCGCAAAGUGGAAGAGGAUUUGGAUGAGUAUUUUUGCGGACACUGCAAUACCACCUCUAAAAGUGCAGCUGCCAAGUAUAGAGUGAAGCUUCAGCUGCAGGAUGAUUCUGGUGAUGCUGACUUUGCAAUUUUAGCGCGUGAAGGACUGCGUUUCUUUGGUGUUAUGGCUGAUGUUUUAUUCCAAGGAAAUCAAAGGAAGAAGGAACCAAUUCCUCGGCAGAUUGAGCAAGUUGUUAGCAUGAAAUUGAAAGUGCAUGUUAAGCUAACCCAAUUCAACUUCAUCAACCCUCAAGCCGAGUAUACUGUAGCUUGCAUAGAACAUGAUCCUCUUGCGCAAAUCAGUGAGGAGUCAGUUGCAUCCCAAACUUCAUUUCCUGCCAACAGCCAGGAAAUUAGCCCUGAUUUGGUUGAAGCAAACUUAGAGGAUAGCUCUGCAAGUUCUGAAGCUACCGAAGGGAAUAACUUCAAGAGGCAGAAGAAGGCCCAAGUGGUUGAUUCUGAUGAGGAAGAGAAGUAG